ACAAGUCAACGAAUGAAUAUUAUUUCCUUUUCUGCCUAUCCUCUUUUACUUCUGUGCACUCUACCACAAACAGUUACAACUUUCUUCUUCUUCUCAGUCACUGUAUGUAGUGAGAGCCUUGAACUUCAAAUCCAUCCAAGCUUUUGAAUUUGCUCUGAAGAAACGGCAACAACCCAGGUCUGCAUAUUUACUGGGCAUGACGAGCCCUGCCUUUUGUUGACCGGACGGAAGAGUUGUGGAUUGAGUCGGAUCGACACAGAUUGAACAAAAUCAAAUGGAAUUGGAUCGGAGUUGAUAGCGGAGGACACGUGCAACAUGGAGAACCCAGCGGAGAAGCGGAUUCUAAAGGAGUUUGAUGAGAUUGAAUCCAAUCCCUCCAAGGAUUUCAAGUUCUGCAAGCUCGAUUGGAACUCAUAUGAAUGGCAAGGUGCACUCAGAGGCCCUUCUGGAACUGAAUUCGAGGGUGGGAUUUAUCAUGUGCGGCUCCUGUUUCCGAAGGAAACCCCAUGGGAGGAACCUUCAUUCAUCUUUUUGACGAAAAAUGGUUCCUUCAAUAUCGAAACCGAGGUAAGAUUAAACUGGAAGCCAUCAUGGAGGAUGCGAGAUGCUUUUAUUGAACUUAUUGAAUUAAUGCGCAAAUGCCCACAUGUUAAAUCGGAUUCAGUAAAACACAAGAACAAGAAAAAAAGGCGUCGUCUGGCCCAGAAAUCUAGGGGAGGAGCCCCAAUAUUUGGCACUUAUGAACGUCAGAAGUUAAUGGAUGUGAAUCAUCAAUAUCUGCAAAGGGAGACGAGAAACACUUCCCUGACACAGAGAUGUGAGGCUUAUCACAUUCAUAUACUACAUUGAGAGAGGCGAAGCUCACCAAUACAAAAUCUAAUAUAAAUGUAAUAUGUCUAGCAUUUUCCAUCUUUCUUUAGUCUAUCUUCCAAAGCUGGUAAAGUGUUUUUCCAAUUUCAAUAGUUGGUGAAUUAUCUAGAUAAAUGAGCGAGAGAGCCACGAAAACGAAACCAAGCCGAACAAUGAAUACCCAUCAAAAUGAACAAAACAGAAAAAAGACAACUGCGAUUUUGGGGAAGGGGCUACAUGGGUUUGAAGGAGAAGAUAUAUAUAUGUUUUUAUUUUUAAAGCUUAGGGUGCUUUUUAGGGGUGAAAAAGGCUUGGAAUUUUACAAUCCAAGUUUGUCUUCCUUAACAAUUUGUUAGAUUUGUGAGAGAGUAGUUGAAGGAGGAGGGUGGCAGAGGUGUUACUGAGGAGAGAGAGAGAGAGUUGGGAUAAUGAGCUGGAUUGUUGACCUGACAUCGCCUUGUCAGGGAAGUUUUUCUCCCAGCUGACUGAGGCAGCCAAUAGAAAGCAGCAGGGCGCAGGCGGCUAUGUCGCCAACGUUGUUGGAAUGCAUUUAAUGCUACCAAUUCCGACGGGGUAGGAAUUUUGGGUUCUAUGAAUGAGUACCUCUACAAAUCCCCCAAGAAAGCAAAACUUUUUAGCAUAUUUACUCUGCAUGACUAGCCCUACCUUUAAACAGACACCAGCUUUCCUCAUCUCUUCGCUUCGUAUUUUGAGAAUAAUUGUAUAUUUAAAGUUUUGUUAACAGGAAGAGGUGGUUGUGGAGGACAAGUGCAACAUAAAGAACUCAGGGGAGAAGUGGAUUCUAGAGGA